AUGGACGGCUUCCGCCGCGCCGAGCGACGUCCGCUCAAGAGCCGUGAUGGCGGCUACCAGCCAACGACGGCUCCGACGGUGCCGGGAGACCGACAAUAUGACUUGCGCGCUGCCAAUGCGAAGACGGCCAAUACGGCGCUUGCCAGGGAACUCAAGGGCCGCCAUCUGCAGAUGAUUGCGUUUGGUGGUGCCAUCGGAACCGGUCUCUUCGUCGCCUCCGGAGCCGCUCUCUACAAUGGCGGACCGGCAUCAGUGCUUCUGGCGUACGUUCUGAUCGGCGUUAUGCAGUACUGCACCAUGCAAGCCCUAGCCGAGCUGUGUGUGUUGUUUCCCAUCGCCGGUUCUUUCUCCGCCUACUCUACUCGCUUUCUCGAUCCUUCAUGGGGAUUUGCUAUGGGUUGGAACUACUGCCUGCAAUGGCUGUUUACUCUGCCGCUAGAAAUCCUCGCGGGCGCCUAUACUAUUUCGUACUGGAACGAAUCCCUACCGAAGGCCAUAUUUGUCGCCAUAUUCCUCAUCACAAUCGUCCUCAUCAACUUGUUCGGUAUCAAGGCAUACGGUGAGGCCGAAUUCGUCUUUUCCAUCGUCAAGGUCACUGCCAUUAUCGGCUUCAUCCUGCUCGCCAUUGUCAUCAACAUUGGCGGCCAGCCGGAUAGCGGCUACAUCGGCGGCAUGUACUGGCGCAACCCCGGCGCCUUCAACAACGGCUUCAAAGGCUUCUGCACCGUCCUCAUCACGUCGGCCUUUUCCUUCAACGGCACCGAGCUCAUCGGUCUCGCCGCUGCCGAAACCGCCAACCCCCGCAAGUCGCUCCCGACGGCUAUCAAGCAGGUGUUCUGGCGUAUCAGCAUCUUCUACAUCCUCGCCCUGAUGCUUGUUGGGCUUUUGGUGCCCUCCAACGAGCCGCGUCUCAUGGACGGCAAGAACAGCGCCGACGCUUCGGCCAGCCCCUUUGUCAUUGCCAUCGAAAGUGCAGGCACCACGAUCCUCCCCAGUGUCAUGAAUGCCGUCAUUCUGAUUGCAGUCAUCUCUGUCGGAAACUCUGCCGUCUUCGGUUCUUCCCGAACCCUGGCCGCACUCGCUGAGCAGUCGCACGCCCCUCAAAUCUUUGCCUACGUCGAUAAGCAAGGUCGCCCCCUUAUGGCCAUUCUCUUUGCGUCGUGCCUCGGUCUUCUGGCCUUCUUGGCCGACUUGUCUGUCCACGACGCCAUCUUCGACUGGCUGCUCUCGAUCAGCAGUCUGUCAACGCUCUUCACCUGGGGCAGCAUCUGCUUGUGCCACAUCCGCUUCCGCCAAGCGUGGGGCUUCACUUCUCGUUCCCUCGAGCAGCUGCCAUUCCGCUCCAACGUGGGCAUCUGGGGCUCCUGGUUCGGAUGCAUUGGCUACGCCCUGGUACUCAUCUCGCAGAUCUGGGUCGCCGUGUCACCCAUACCGACAGCGGACCAGGACACUAGCACGGCCGGUAUGGUGCAGACCUUCUUCCUCAAGGUCAUGGCCAUCCCGAUUAUCCUCAUCUUCUACUCAUUCCACAAGAUCUGGUUCCGCACGCGCAUCGUGCGUGUCGACGAGAUGGAUGUGGAGACGGGUCGCCGAUACUUCCGAGUACACAUCUCGUCCGAGGAGGAACGAGAGGAGAGGAUGAAGUGGCCCUUGUGGAAACGAAUGUACCGACUACUUUGCUAA